UAGCUCUGCAAUGUGAUCUAAUUUGCGUCAUGACGCAGGAGGCUACGUCAUAUAAUUGCAGAUGAACUAACCGGGAAGUAGCUCGGGACCUGCUGCUGAAGAUGCUUACAUUUAGUUUAACGCUCGUACGACAUGGUGAAACACAGUACAACAGAGAAAAGCUGCUGCAAGGUCAAGGUGUGGACACUCCCCUGUCAGAGACAGGUGCGCAGCAGGGGGAAGCAGCAGGACGAUACCUCAAAGACAUCGCAUUCAGCAAUGUGUUUGCCAGUAACUUACAACGGGCUGUUCAGACAGCUGAAAUAAUUCUGAGGAACAACACUCACUGUUCUGGAAUGGAGAUGGUUUUGGAGCCGUUACUCAGAGAGAGGGGUUUCGGCGUUGCUGAAGGACGCCCUAAAGAGGAUCUGAAGAACAUGGCUAACGCUGCUGGCCAGUCAUGUCGGGACUACACUCCACCAGGAGGCGAGACCUUAGACCAGGUGAAGCUGCGGUUCAAAAAAUUCCUCAGAGUGCUUUUCAAGCAAAUGUUGGAUGAACACGGCUCGUCAGGCCCGGAUGCCUCCGCAGGAGCAUCAGCAGUCGGAGACGCUGCAAACGGGACGGCGGCCACUGCCUUUGACGUCGCUUCCGGUGGUCCGGCUGACGAUGGUCUGCAGGGCGUUUCGGUCCACGCUCUGGUCGUGAGCCACGGCGCCUACAUCCGUGUAGCCAUCAGGCACCUCGUAGAGGACUUAAAGUGCUCUCUGCCUCCAGGGGUGAAGAUGUCUCAUCUGUUCUCACCCUGUCCAAACACCGGCAUCAGCCGAUUUAUCCUCACUCUGAGCCGGGCCGAGUCUGGCCCCGUCCUCUCUGCUGCUCGAUGUGUUUUCACCAACAGAAAGGACCACCUGGAAAACCUCACAGCUGCUGAAUAGUGUAAUGGGUUAGAAGUGCAGAUGCACAGUACAUUUAAUGUAUCACAAAACAAUCCUGAACAAUAAAGGGAGAUAAGAGGCAGAGACCUCAGAGUUACCACAGGUAACUGGAUUCAACAAUGCACAGGGUAACUGAUGUUUUCAUCAGUAGUGUUUUACUGUGGAUCAGUCAAAAUAAUUGUGCAGUGCUAUAUUAUCAUUAGCAUUUUAUCAUCCUUCCAACUGUAGGCCAGUGAGGACUCGUGUCAUACCACAAAUUUAACAUUGUUUUAUUGCCUCUUUUAUCGUGUUAUACCAAAGUCUGUGGUAUAAUUAUUAUAUAAUUAAUUAUUAUUAUUAUAACUAUUUGAUGUAUCACUGAACACUGUCAGUGGGUGUGGCAUUUCCAAGUUGAGGUGUUUCCUGUGUUGCAGUUGUGGGGCUGCUCAUUUCACUUGUGCAAUAUAAGACGACAAUACUGAA